UUUGUUUUAGUGUAGUUAUUUAGCCAAUAUGCAUAAGAUAUGUGAGGGGUUGAUAAGUAGGCCUCUGUAUCCACAAUUACAGGUAGGACUUUACAUUAUCAAAUGUAGGCUUGAAAUGCAGGCUGGUGCUAGAUGGGGAUGUGCGCUUUAUACUUCAUCUGUGUUUUUUUUUGUCAUCUGAAGACUGAGUUUUAUUUCGUGAUCUCACCAUCGGCCGUCGUGAUUUGUGUGUCUUACAAAACUUUGCAUAAUGCACACCUUUUCAUGCAUAGAAUUUUUCCGACUUUUGCGGCGAAUGACAACCUGAAAUCCAAUCGCAGAGAGUUUUCCUCCUUCACGCGUGUAAAGGAAUGGGUAUUUAGUUUAUCAAAAAAGGGAACCGUCUUUUGUGUCAUCAUAUUAGACAGUGAUACAAGGGGGUUGAGGAACAGAGAUUUGUACACGUUGCAACACAGCGCAAAUUACGCAACUGCACAAGUAGUGUAAGACACUUCAAUCAGUCAAUCGCGAGAAGGCUGUUCCGUGUAAGAAGCAAAGCAUGUGGUUUAUGAUAUUUUUGGAGCAUGUAUAAGCCUUUGCAAUGGGUUCCCCCCACAGCACUCCCAAGCAGAGAAAAAGCAGAGAAGAAGAAGGGACCGGGUUGGGCCUUAGAUCCACCACCGCACCCUACCCACAGGGGCCUGCAGUUGACACACCUCAAACAGCCAUUGCGGCUCAAAGACAUGGGGAGGUCAACACUCCUGUGUCCACCAUGACGGCUCAAACACACGGAGUGGUCAAUGCGCCCCAGAUUGCUCACAGUCAUUUUCAGGGAGCUGUCACAUUUAAUAUGGUGACACACAUGCAUAGCACAGAAAAUGCAGCAGAGGAAGAUUUACGCAGAGCAACUGGGGCUUUGAAAGGAGCUGAAGAUGCCGAUGUGCAGAAAGUGUCUGCCAAGCUAAAGUCUAACCUGAAGAAGAGGUUUGAGAACAUAUUCGAGGGCAUUGCCAAGCGAGGAAAUCCAACUCUAUUGAACCGGAUUUUCACAGAGGUCUACAUCACAGAGGGAGAGAGGGAAGUUGUUACUGAUGAGCACGAGAUCUGGCAGAGGAUGCCUGAAGCAACUCAGAAAAACAUAUUGAGAGGAGAUAGUUUUGGUAGGUACAGCAGUGAGCAUGAGGUGUGGCAUCUGGACGCAGCGGCCCAGGCACACACCUGUCAAGAACCUGCCAUCAACUGCAAUGACCUCUUCAAGCUUCGGCCUGGUCAGGACUUGCGCAUCAGAACCGCGCUAACAAAGGGGGUGGCCGGAAUCGGAAAAACCGUGUCUGUUCACAAGUUCAUUUUAGACUGGGCCGAAGAGAAGGCCAAUCGGGAUGUGGAUUUCAUUUUUGUCCUUCCUUUCCGCGAGCUGAAUCGCUAUCAAGACGACCAGUUAAGUCUUCACGGGCUCCUUAAGAUCUUCCACCCUGAGAUUAAACUCAUGAAAGACAUGAAGAAAUACGAUGAAGCCAAAAUCGUGUUCAUAUUUGAUGGUCUGGAUGAAAGUCAGUUCCCUUUAAGGUUUCAGAGCAACAAGUUUGUUGCAGACCUUGCACAGAGAUCAUCGCUGGAUGAGCUGCUGACCAAUCUCUUCAAAGGUAAUCUCCUUCCUUCUGCCUUCAUGUGGAUAACAUCACGACCAGCUGCAGUUCACCGGAUCAGCUCUGAGUGUUUAGAUCGAGUAACGGAGAUACGAGGCUUCAGCGACCGCCAAAAGGAAGAAUAUUUCAGGAAGAGGGUUUCCGACCAGAGUCAAGCUGAUACAAUCAUCUCGCACAUCAGAGCAUCCAGGAGCCUCCACACCAUGUGCCACAUUCCAGUUUUCUGUUGGAUCACCUCAACCGUUCUGGGAAGAACGCUAGGUGGUGCAAUCGGCGGAAACAUUCCAUACACGUUAACGGGAAUGUACACUCGUUUCCUGCUCAUCCAAACGAAUGUGAAGAACCAGAAGUUUUAUGGGAAAGAUGAGAGGGAUUUAAGAGGACUAUCUUCAUCCGAUGUCCAAAUCCUUCUCCGGAUGGGAAAACUAGCCUUCGAAAACCUUGAGAGGAGCAAUCUCAUAUUCUCUGAAAGAGACCUCAAAACGUACGGCUUGAACACUGAGGAAAUAUCGGUACACUCUGGACUUUUCACAGCAAUCCUCAGAAAGGAGGACCCUAUGUGUAAAGGGCAGUGGUACAGCUUUGUACACCUGAGCGUUCAGGAGUUCCUCGCCGCUCUCUAUGUGUUCCUGUCCUUUGUCUGUGAGAAAGCCAAUCCCUUUCAAAGAAGCUCGGACAGGACUAUCACAGAUGAGGAAUUCUGGGGUGUCUCGCCUCACAACAUGACAGGACUUCCCAAGAACGACGUUCAGGGUGCCACCAAGGCGGGUCAGAAUACUGGGAACCAACCAUUUACUCACGAGAAGUACCUAUCCUACGUGCUAGAUGACUCCGACUGUGACUCUGAGGAUGAGGCUUUGACAAAGGCACAGACGUUCUUAGGGCAACAAGAACCAUACCAGCCAUACCAGCACAUGCUACAGGACUUGGCCACACUGCAUGACUUGCACAGGGUUGCAGUGGACAGGUCUUUGGAAAGCAGUAAUGGCCAUUUGGAUCUCUUCCUCCGGUUCCUGCUUGGACUCUCGCUGGAAGCCAAUUACAGCCUCCUCAGAUGCCUGUGUUUGCCACCAGGUACCAGUCAGGAGAACAUCUGGAGAACCACACAGUACAUCAAACACAGGCUGGGAGUGGAAGACCAGAGGAAAUGCCCUACUCCUGAAAGAUGCAUCAACCUCCUCCACUGCCUCUCUGAGGUGGGUGACAUCACAGUGGUGAGGGAGAUCCAGUCAUACCUCACCUCCAAGAAUGUUCCGGAGAAGAAGCUUACUGCGGCUCAGUGUUCCGCCUUGGCCUACAUGAUGUUGACCUCUCCGAAUGUAUUGGAUGAGUUUGACCUGAAGAGCUACAGGACAUCUGCAGGAGGUCGCCGAAGGCUGAUUCCAUUGGUUAGGUGCUGCAGAAAAGCACUACUUGCCAAUUGCCAACUCACGCGGAGAUGCUUUGAGACGGUCUCCUCAGUCCUUCAGUCGGCUGGCUCCCCUCUCAGAGACCUGGACCUGAGCCACAACUUCCUGGUCCCGCAGACGCUGGAGAAACUCCGCGCUGGUCUAGCCAGCCCCCACUGCAGCCUGGACUCUCUGAACCUCGGCUGCAUCAACCUGGAGCAGUCGGGGGCGGCGCUGCUGAAGGCGGCGCUGCUGGGACCUCAUCCUCAGCCUACCUGUCUCAGACUCAGUGGCUGCUAUCUGAGAGACGACUGCAGUGAGAUCCUUCUUGCAGCUCUUCAGUCAGAGAAAUCCAGACUGACCCUACUAGACCUCUCCUACAGCCGCAUGACUGACACCGGAGUCACACGUGUCCUGACUGGACUUGCGAGUCCGAACUCCAAACUUCAAACACUGAGGUUGGGACGCUGUGCGAUGACUGAGCAAUCCUGUGAGGCGCUGGGCUCUGUUCUACCGCUGUCCUCCCUCAGGGAACUGGACCUGAGUGGCAGUGGUGUGGGAGACGAAGGGGUGAAACAGAUCUUUUCCGGAACAUCGACUCGGCUGGAAACAUUGAGACUGAGGGAAUGCUAUAUAUCAGACGGUGCUUGUGAUGUACUGGCACAGACCCUGAGUUCCCCUGUGCUGAAGGAGUUGGACCUGCGAGACAACCAUCUCAGAGACUCAGGAGUGAAGCUGUUGUGUGUUGGCCUGGCAAAGCCAGUCUGCACCCUUCAGUCUUUAGGGCUCUCUGGUUGCCUAGUCACAGAGGAAGGUUGCCGUUAUCUGGUCUGUGCCCUCAAAACAAACCCCUCUCGCCUGCAAACGCUGGACAUCAGCUACAACCACCCAGCGGGGUCUGCAGUGACAAUGCUGUCUGGAGUACUGCAGGAUCCCAACUACAAACUGGCAACACUGAACAUGAAAGAUGGUGGGACGCAAAGGGUUAAACCAACGAUGAGGAAAUACGCUUGUGAACUAACCCUGGACCCAGACACCAAACACCAGGAGCUGUGGCUGUCCAAGAACAACAAGAUGGCCAUUAUAACAAAGUACCACCUCUUUGCUCUUGGGGAGAAAGCCAGCUGGUUCGGGGUGAGCUGUUGUGAAGGCCUCACAGGGGGACGUUUCUACUGGGAGGUGGAGUGGACCGGGGCGGUUGUGGUCGGUGUGAAGCACAAGGGGAAAGACUCGAGGUACCACAAAGAGUCCUGGAGCCUCUACUGCAACUCCCGUAGCUCACAAUAUGAGGCGAGCCACAACAACGGCUUCUUCAAGAUCGACAUGGCCGACAGAGAGUCCAGACGAGUGGGGGUGUACCUCGACUGGCCGGCCGGCACGCUGUCCUUCUACACGGCGGCGGCAGGCGCGGCUUCUGAAAGGCUCACACACCUUCACACUUUUCACAGCGCUUUCACUAAGCCUCUGUACCCUGAGUUCUUCCUGUACGACAUGCCAGAUGCGUCUGUUGCCAUUGUCUCUGAGUAGCCAGACAAAAGCUGCUCUGUAACAGACAAGAUCAUGAACUCAGUGUGCAUUUUGGUGUGGGUCGGGAGCAAUGUUUGUAAAUUUGCGCUUGUUCUUUUCACAGUAAGCAUUUUUUCCCACUAGAGGGAACUAGCGGGCUGUUUGAGAACAUUUAAACCACCAGGUACUGCCCCUGUAGGGCCUUUUCCAGGGACGAUUUUUGGGGAGUGUGUUUGGGAUCUUUUUGGAUGUGGUGUGGAUUGAUAGUGUGAGCUCAAAUGGAAUUUGAUGUAUAAAGUCCAUAUAUCUACUUUCUGUUGCUGUAAAAAAAAUGAUAAAGUACAUGUAUCUACUUUAGUUUAUGUGUUUACUGAAGAAAUAUAUAACUUUGACAUUCAUGCCGUUUAGAAAGAAUGAAGUGUAAAUGAUUGAAAAUAACGUUAGUGUUGGGUUAUCCUUCAUUACCAAAUGUACAGAAAAUAAUUU